UGUGUGUGAGUCAUAGUGCUGGCUUGCUGCUUUAGAUGCAGGGACAUCUUGCUCUGCAGUGUCUACACUGAGUGGCUGUGGCUCUCCUGAAUUUCAGACUGACACCUUUCCCAGUCCGAAAUGGGAGAUGCAAGGGAUUGAACCUGGAAACUUUUCCAUGCCAAGCAGACGCUGUUCCCCUGAGCUGCAGCUCUUCUGCAUUUUUGAAGUAAUGCUCAUGAUCUUCUUGAUCCUAUUCAUUUAACUUCAUCAAAUCUGGCCCUCUUUGAAAAAAGUCUGGACACCACUGAUCUAUGCCCAACCACCUGCAAUGCAGGAACACACAGCUGUCCCACAUAGGGGAAUCGAACCUGCAACCUUGGCGUAAUCAGCACCACCGUCUAGCCAACUGAUAUGUCCAGGCUGUCCUUGAUUUACUUAUUUUAUUUAACAACAUUUGUGUACUGCUUGACUGAUGGUAAUAAAAUCUCUAAGCAUUUUACCCAAAACAAAUUUAAUUCACCUCUAGUUCCACCAGCGUUUAUGGGAGGUACUUUCUGGUGCAGUUCACAGACGCUGUUGGAAAUAUUUCAAGGAACUUUGUUCACCCAAACUAGUUGAUUCCAAGCAGGGGAGAAAGGGCAGCCCCGCCCCUGAAAAAUCUCUGCCCAACCCCACCAGAUCCCAGAGCUGAGCAGGGGAUCAAGAUGUCCAAUCCAGGAGGUGGGGGAGGGAUCUCGGGCUGCUACAAAGCCCUGCCCUCCGGAAGGUGGAUUUUCUUGAAGCGGAGGCUGCUGUUGCUGCACGAUGCCAAGGAUUUCCUUUAUUUCAUUUAUUUAUAAAAGUACGUACACAAUGCCUUCUCAGGACAAUGCACCGCCAUGCAUAUACUGCAUAAGAAAUGCAAAGCGAGGAGGAAACGAGCGAGAAUAAAUCACGUGGGCAAUAAACUCCGGAGUCAUUUGCAGAAAAACCCAGGAAGUGAGAUCGGAGGAAGUGGCCUUUAACUCUUAAAUUGGCGCGAGGGAGCUAUGGCUGCUGCUGCUGCUGCUGCGGCAGGAAGCCCCGUCCAGGAUCUCCGUGAUGAAGCCACUUGCUCCAUCUGCCGGGAUUACUUCAAGGAUCCAGUGACCAUCCCAGAGUGUGGGCACAACUUCUGCCGGUCUUGCUUGGCUCAGUGCUGGGGGGAAUCGGAGGCAGAGGCUUCCUGCCCUCAAUGCAGAAAAACAGUCCCGCGAAAUAAUCUCAUCCCCAACCGGCAGCUGGUAAACUUUGUGGAAUUAAUCAAGAAGCUCAGCCUCCAAGAGGGAAAGGAGGAAGGAGGGAAAGGGAAAGUCUGCAAGGAGCACCGGAAGCCUCUGAAGCUCUUCUGCAAGGAGGACGAAGCCCCCAUCUGUGUGGUGUGUGGCAAAUCCAAGGCACAUGAAAAUCACAAGGUGAUUCCUCUGGAGGAGGCUUACGAGGAGUGCAAGGUAGGAAACCACGCGGGAUCUUGAGCGGGGGAGGAAAUAGCUGUGGAUACUUCUAUGUGGUUUUCUGUGGCUCACACGUCUGAACAAGGCAUGACAUGAAUUGUCUGGAUGCAAUUUGCUUGCUGGUUGUUCAGUGGAGCUUGCUCCUGAGUAAGGAUGGACUAGUACCCUUAAACACAUAAAUUGAUUCCCUUCCUUUUAAGGGUUUGAAAUUUUAUCAACACACAUUGCAGCACCUAUAGUAAGCUUUUGAAGUCCUGGGACUUUCUCAUUGUUGUUUUCUGCCUAAUAAUAAUAAUGAUAAUAAUAAUUUAUAAUUUAUUCCCCAGCCACUCUGGGCGGCUUCCAACAGAACACUAAAAUACAAUAACCUAUUAAACAUUAAAACUAGUGCAACACUGCUACCCCUUUGGGAUAAUAAAAUGAUAGCAAUGAUGAUGCUGAUAAGACUUGUCUAUGAGGAUGGUUGCAUCACAUAGUAGCCAAAAAUUGCAUGCUGCGGUAAAUCUACAAAUCUUACCUGUGCUUCUUGCAUUGCAGGCUAGGACUAGAUGACCUUUGGGUCCUUUCCAACUCCCAGGGCUGCAUCUCCACUAGGGGCCUGUGGGGUGGGGGGAGCUGGCAGAAGGUGACAGGUUUGCAUCGAGGUGGAACACUUUUGAUGUCUGGUCACCCAGCCUCCCCCAUUAUUGUUUUUUUGCAGGGAGAGGGACAACACAGUUCCCCUCACUCAGACACCCUGGGAAGUUGGAGGGGAGCCAUAAAGUAGCCACGUUUGUGGAUGGCACUCGGCAUCUCUGUCUGCCAAAACCUCCCAGGCUUCAAAGGGCUCAAAAAAGGCCUCUCUACAUCCCAGCUAGGCAAAUACAGCACUUGCUUUUUGUAUGAGUGAAACAUGGUGAGGGGUACUAUUUUUAAUGGUUACCCUCAGGCAAUGAAAUGUAUUGGGACAGCCCUGGCAGCUUUCAUUUUUCUACAUAGUCUAUUGUUUAUGCAGAAGAUAUAACCACUAUGUUUUGUGACUUUGAAUAUUUUUGAUCGUUUGUAUUUUUUAUUUUACGCUAAUAUAAAUUAACAAAAUAGUAAUAAUUUGUUAUUCUUAUUUCCCCAGCCACUCUGGGUGACUCCCAACAGUCUUCAGACAAAAACAUCUUGGAGGUCCUGGGCCACAGGGAGGUUAGGCUGGCCUUGACCAGAGCCAGCUGUGCCUCCGAUCUGGUGGAACGCUCUGUCACAAGAGACUAGGGCCCUGCAGGACUUGACAUCUUUCCGCAGGGCCUGCAAGAUACAGCUCUUCCACCAGGCCUUUGGCCAAGGCACAGCCUGACCCCCUCCUUUGGUAAUCCUCAGAGAACUCUAGCCCAAUGGUUGCCAUUAAUUUGAUUUGAACUGAUUUUAUAAUGAAUUGAUUUUAGAAUGCUGUAUUAUUUUACUGUUGUUAGCCGCUCUGAGCCUGGCUUCGGCUGGGGAGGGCAGGAUAUAAAUUAUUAUUAUUAUUAUUAUUAUUAUUAUUAUUAGCACAUUAAAACAUCGAACAUUAAAAAGUUCCCUUAACAAAACUUCUGGAGGGUAGCGAGAUUGGCAAAGCCUGCUAAAAAUGUCCGCACCUCAAUAAAUCUUUUAUGGUUUUUCUCUAAACUUUUGCAGUUUGUCUAUAAUCAUUUAAUUAAAGCAUAAAAAAUACAAGCAUUAACUGUUGCAUAUUAAAUCUGCUUAAUUAAAAGUAUUAAUGAAACAGAAGAGGGAGAGAAACUAUUAAGAGCGGGGCCACUGCAUACUAGAAGUCAGGGUAAUAGUCAAUUUAUCGCUCCAUCUCUCCCUGUCUAGCCUGAGUUUUUUCUUUCCUCUUUAGGGACUGAUCAGCAGCCGCCUGCAGAUCCUGAGGAAAGAGAGAGAGAAAAUUCUGGCCUAUCAAGUGGACCUGGAAAAGGAAAGCCAAGCCCUCCUUGUAAGUAUCACUGUGAUUAUUAGGGAGGGAACAACUACUUGAAGAAUCAAGUCAGGACUGAGGAGGGAUGGGAAAUCUGCCCAUUUCAUCCUCUCCCUGUUUCUCAUUUUUCCACAUCAUGACAAGGCUCUUGCUUUAUGCUGUGGCCAUAAACAAAAUGGAAGGCAAUAGAAAUGGCAGUGGAGAGGGUAGAGAGCGUGUGUUCAUCCCUUCAACCUCCUGCCACCCUCCAAUUUUUACUUUAAUGUCUGAAGAAGAGGCCUUCUUUAGCUGCUAGGGGUUGGUUUUAUGUCUAUGAAAAAUCAAACAUGGCCUCCCUGUGGAAUUCUCUUGUCUCUCCUUCUGAUGUUGUAAAUACGCAUUCCAGACUCCAGACUCCUCUUUUCCUAUUUCUUCCUGCUUCUUGCAGAAAUUGACAGAAACGGAGAGGCAGAAGACAGUGGAGAAGCUCAGGCAACUGCGCCAGUUCCUGGAGGAACAAGAAAAACACCUGUUGAAUGAGAUAGAAGACGUAGAGGAGCAGAUUGCAAGGGAAAGGGAUGAGCAGCUGGCCCGAUUCUCCAGCGAACUCUCCUCUCUUGAAAGGAGCAUCCAGGAGUUGGAGGAGAAGCGCCAGAAGCCAGCGAAUGAACUCCUGCAGGUAAGAUGGUGGCAGGAGCAGCACAAGGCUUCACGCCUGGAAAAGGGUGCUGGCAAACUUUUAUGUGCCUCAUUCAUCUAUACAAAUAGUAUGGGGCUCAGUAUAUGGAGAGCUGGGAUGAUUUUCUCACCUGAAUGCAGACUAGAGAUUCUUCUGUGGUGGAUGGAACUGGAUGUGGUUUUCUGCUCUUUGCAGAAAAUAAUGGUCUCCUAAUGCCUUCUAGCAUGGCCCUGCUGCCUUCAUGGCCUGUGUUGGGCUUCCCAGAGGCUGCUUUGGCUGCCUUGGAUCAAAGGAAAAAAUAAAAUUGAGCAAACGAGAAGUGAGCUUUAGCAUUAAGUGCAGUUUCUUUAUUUGACACCCCAGGUUUUAGGCAUUGAGAUUGUCCUUUCCUCUCGCCCCACCCUCUCUCACCUAGAGGCAGACAAGCGACAACCGCCAUUGUUUUAGGGACUCAUGUGAGAUGCCUAGAGUACAGAGAUGCUCGCAAAGGCCACCCAGACGCUUCAGGUUACAGAUUCCGCUAACCCAGAAAUAUUACCUUGGCUUAAGAACUUUGCUUCAGGAUGAGAACAGAAAUCGUGCUCCAGCAGCAGGAUGCCCCAUUGGCUAAAGUGGUACCUCAGGUUAAGAACAGUUUCAGGUUAAGAACGGACCUCCGGAACAAAUUAAGUUCUUAACCCGAGGUACCACUGUCCUCAUAUGAAGUAAUAAAUCUUGCAGCGCCUUCACACUGGUAUGUUGUCUUGACUCAACUAAGGCCUUGUCAUCAUGUCUAUUUAUUUCUAUUUCCUCCGGGAGGAAAAAAAAAACAAUUUCUGUCCUCAAGAACUUAAGACUGGGUAACUUAAGAACUUAACAUUGGAAAAAUGAAAACUGAGAGAAAGCAAAAUUGGCUGAUCUCUACUCAAAAUUUUGUCAUGUGCCAGGCAGACUGACAUCCAAGGGCCAGGCUGUUCCUCCACUCCAGGGUCUGAGGGGGUCUUCCUAGUGUGGCCUGUGGUGUUCAGUGAAUUCCCUUCUCUUUUCCCCUCUAGGAUAUGAGAGGCACCUUGGAGAGGUAAGUCUAUCUGGCUCAUUUCCAUUAGUAUCACUCCAUGAGGCUGGGAUGCCAGAACCUCAGACAUGGCCCUCCAGGGGCUGAAGGGGGGAGAUUGUAGGACUCACUCCAUGCAGCAUCUCACAGGUAAAAGCAGGGCCCCCUCUUCGGAACUUGUAGCCCCCCAAUUCUCAUUGUAAGAAUCAGAGUUAUGCCUUCUCCCCCCCCCCCCCAUCACCUCACGCAGGUCUGGAGGCUCUUCUCUGCCUCCUGCACAUUAUAUUCAUUUCUUGUUCUUUGAAUAGACAUCAGUGGGGAGACUCAGAGGCCUGGGGUGCUGUUCUGGCCCUGUGAUGUCUGGCUGUGGAGUUUAUAGUGAGGAAUAAUCUUUCCCCUCUGUGCCUUCCUGUCCCUCUGAGCUUUCUGCAAUUCUCUUCCUCCAUUCCAUCUUUUUCAUGUACUAGGAAUUGUGGAUUUGAACAGGCUAACAGUGUUUUUCUUUUCACCAGGUAUGGGGAAAGGGAGAGUCAAGAGAAUCCACUGGCUUUCUUUCCAGAGCUGAAGAAGAGGAUCUCGGAAUUUUGUGAUAUAAAUAUCCUUGUGGAGGAUGUCAUGGAACAAUUUGAAGGUAAUGAAAACUGCCUGCAAGGAUUUUAUACUGGGCGUUAUAUUAGUUCAGAACUGAACAUGCCAGGCUCUUGUUGCGUUGAAUUUCAUUCCUGCUGCAGACAGGGUACCACCAGGAUAGUUUCCUUCUUGGUGCUCCAGCCAUCAUUUCCUUUCCCCCGUGUAUAUUAUCACUCUGGAUCCUGUAAAGAAAGCCUGAAAAAUAGAGCAAAGUCAGGGUUUUUUCCUGCAGUGUGCCUCUGUUUACAGUUAUAUGGACCCUCCUUUUUUCCUUUUGGUUCCCCAUCUACACAAUCUGAGUUUGUCCUUUUGGAGGUUCUCCUGCUCUGAAUGGAGUCAAAGGGCAUUAAGAAGCCCCCAGUUCCCCCUCUGCCUCCUGCUCAGGCUUGUUUCUCAGCCGUGGAGCCAAGGCCUGAGCCGUCUCCUCCUCAGAUGUCCCCCUGCAGCUGCCAUAUCUAGGGCUUCGGCCUUCAAGAUCUCCUGAGAGUUCCCCCAUUGAGAGAGGAAGCAAGAGCACAUGAGCCCCAAAGGGCACAAUUAUGCUUGUGAAGAACCUUAAAGAUUUGUAUUUUUUUUUUUAAUGAUAUUUAUUAGUUUUUCAGCAUUUUCAACACAACACUACAAACAAAAAAAGAAAAGGGAAAGAAAAAAGAAAAAAAGAAAAGAGAGAAAAAACAGUACAAAUACAAUACAAAAACGCUACAUGGACUAACAAAACAAACAAAAACAAUUUAAAAAUACCUCAAACAUUUUCAAUAUCUUAUAUUUCACUCACUUAUUUCCAGCGACCUCCUCACCCCUCCCUUUUUGUAUUCCAUUUCUAAUAUUUGUUUCAGCAAUUCCUUUCCAUCUUACUCUGUUUUCUGUUCUAUAAUUAUCUUAACACAUUCUUACCAUACUUUUCCUUUAAUUUUCUAUUAAUCUAUUUAUACUUAAAUCUUUAUAACAUUUCAACUAAAGCCAUGUAAUUUCAUUCCAACAUUUUUCUAAAAUUCCUUCAUUUUACAAUAUUUCUAUAAAUAGUCUUUAAACUUUUUCCAAUCUUCUUCCACCGACUCUUCACCCUGGUCCCGGAUCUUGCCAGUCAUUUCCGUCAAUUCCAUAUAGUCCAUCAACUUCAUCUGCCAUUGACCAACACUUGAGUGUUUUCAAAAAGCAACCAUUCUCUCAACCAGCAAAAAGCAGAUAGUUCACAACGAAGUUUAAAGGUCUGGCAGGGCAGGUCCACCUCCUUCUUUGGCAUCCAUCAAUAUCUUAAGUUUUACUCAAGGCUUCCUGCCCUGCCAAACAACUCUAGGAGCAUCCCUCUUCCACCUCCUAAAACCCUCCGUCCCAUCCAAAGCUUGCAAUGUUUGAAACAAAAGCAACAUCCCCAGCAGCACAACAGCCCUCAUCCCCCCCACAAUAGCUCGGCCCAACAGUAACAACUUCUGAUUUGUCCAUAUUUCCAAAUCCCCCUUCUCUUCAAUCCAACAUCCUUCACAGUUAUCCUUAAUCAGAUUCACAUUUUUGGCAGUCAUACUAACCCCCAAAUACCUCUCUUUCUCAACCAGUGUUAGUCCUGUCACCUCCUGAAACUCUGUCAAGCUUUCCUUUUCCAAUUCAGAUAGGGCUCUGGUCCUCAAAUUCAUCCGUUCUUCUUUAAGUUCAAUCAUAACGAAUGUCAACUUAUGCUCGUCAAGUUGUCUUUGUAUGGAUGGGACUCUCCUCUCCAGUUGUAUUACUUUGGAUUCAGCAGCAAGGGUUUUUUGCCUUACUUCAUCUGCAGUUUGCCGUAUCAGAGUAGAUUCCUGUGUCAGUUUCUGGGUGGUUUCUGAAUUGAUAUUCACCUUUUGUCCCAAGUUAUUUAAACUUUCUACACUUAAAUCAAUUUCAGUAUUUGCAGCAUCCAAUUUCACAUUUAUCGCAUCUGUUUUCUUGUGGAGUUGUUCCAGCGAGUCGUUUAUUUUCAAUAAUGCAGCCACUAAGGCCUCCUCUGUCGACAUCCCGUCUGUUUUUUCCUUUCCGUUUGCCAUAACACUUAAGAAAUUCAAGGUCAAUUCCAAAGUCUCACACUUUUUUUAUCUUGCAGCUGGAAAUUCCCCUAGCCCAGCUCCUACAAAGUUACCAAUUUCAAAAGCUUCCACUAGGGGAAAACAGUUUGUAUUUGUAUCGGUCAGUAUGUCCUCUUUUAAACACAGUUUCAAUAAUCCAAAGUUAGUUUCAAUUUUCAGUUACUUUCCUCCUUUUCUAAAAACAACCGGAGACAGUAGAAACAAUGUAUUCUCUUGAUUAGCUACCUGUCAGUAAACGUUCUAAACGCUGUCAAUGGACGUUCCAAAAAACAUCAAUCCUGCUAGCAGCCCGUUUCCAGGAUCAGAGCGGCGGUAUUUUAACUCUCUUAACUCUCUCCUGCAGGCAUAUUCAGUCCACCACUUCCCCCCCUCUUCCCCUGCCUCCAAAAAAGGGGGGAUUAGUACUUUACCGAUGGAACUUUAGUCCUUUACAGAAGGCUUUCCAAGACUUUAGCUUGCAGUCUCCUUGCUUCAGUUAAUCUACAAAAGAGGGAGGCGGACUUCCUGUAUUGAACCUCCCCGUUUCGAUGCCAGAUUAAACAUUUAAAGAUCCAAUUCUUUCCGAUUCAGUUCUACUCACGGGUAAUUACUUUAGAAUCAAAUUGUCCACAGGAAAAAGUCAGUGAUCUCCGACAACAGCUGUGCGGCUUCGCUCCGUGGAAGAAGCAGACGAUUCGAAGCACCGCGCCACUCACCCCACAUAGCUCCGGAUCCCCGAAACCGGGUUUCCCCGCGAGUAGGGGAGGCGCAAAAGGUGCCCGCCGAAUCCCAUGUUCACAGGCUUCUCCCGCCUGUGAUUUUUACGGGUCUCCACCUUCGCCGUGGCGGUACAGACCCAAAUUCCCACAGGGCAAAUUCCUCCCGAUCAGAGGAAUUCCGCCAUUGCCGGAGGCACCAACCCGGAAGUCAACAACCUUAAAGAUUUGUAGAGGGUUUGUGAGGAAGGGUUUCCUUUUGCCUGAGAUCUCUGCCAAUCCUUCCUCAUCGGCCUUUGCUUCUCCUUACGUUUCACAAUUUUAGUUUUAAUAAUUUCCCCCACCACUUUACUUGGGGAAGAUGUUAAGGCUGCCUCCAUCUCCCCUCUGCAUCCUUUUACAGGAUUCCUAUUGUGUUGCCUCCUCUCCAACCCUCUACUAGACACCAAUUAUAGUGACAAAACUCAGAGAAUAUCAGGAUUUAUGCUGAAUAUUUUUAUUCUGAUAUUUGUAAGCUUGCUUUACGAUUAUGGAGUUUUAAAGCUUUCGUGGUUUUCAUAGAUUCUUCCUAUGAUUUUCUUGUUUAUAAUUAUUUUUUCUACUUCUUUAUCUUUUUCUUGAAUUUGAAGAUGCUGCGUUAUGAAGCGUUACUUUUGUAUGGAGAUUUAUUUCAGGUGGAAGAGUGUUGCCCUUACACUAUAUCUUUUUGCUUCCUCAGAUGCUCUGUUGCUCAAAGAACAGCUUCAGGAAGGUAAAUUUCAUGGGGAAAACAGUUUCACAGGAGGGAUGGGGACUGAUAUUUUAUGGCUGUUGAACCGUCUGUUCUGCAGACUUUGGGACCCCCAAUGGCGUAACUCUGGGUAACAGUCCUCUAGUGGUGUUUGGGUUCUUUUUAUGUCUCAUGAAUGAACUGGGAGGGAGGUUGAAGGCUUGGAUUGGGGGCAGAGCUUGUCCCUGUGAAGAACCUGCACAUCAGUCUGGGACUAUAAUGGAAGAGUCCCAUUCCUGCCUGUCAUUUCACUGGUUUUCCACUAGAUUUUUUACUUUUAUUUUUAUCUAUUUCAUAAAAUUUACAUAUCACUUGAUGGGGGGGGGGGACUUCAGAGACUUACAAUACCUUUCAAGAGUCUUAAAGGACUCACACUUCUUAUGAGAUCGACCCCAUUCUAUGAAGGAGGGCUUCCCAUUGCAUAAGACCCUUGGAAUUACAUUUUUAAGCACUGCCAAUUCUUCCUGUGGAAUUUGGUUUGUCAUCAUGCUUGAAAAUGCCAGCUUCAGUAGCUAUUUCCCACCUGUUUAUACUUGGGUCAGAUCUUAACCUUCCUUCAGCUUUCUUUUGGAUCUUUUUAAAAGAUGGAAAUGGCACUUCUGGCCUUCCAGUCUUCCAGUAUAGAUCUCUAUUUCAUUCAUGAAUUCAAAUUGAUUUUAUUUUGCGAUUUUCUAGUAUGAAGUACCAUUUCUGGUUUUCACAUAGAAGCAUAGAAUAUUAGAGUUUUAAAGGUUUCUAAGGGUCAUCUAGCUCAUCAUGUUAGUGUCUUUAAUUUCUUAGUCAUACCGUUUCUUGUUUGCAGUUAUUUGUUCUCUGAUUUAAUCUUCUGCUUGAAAUAAGAAAACAACAGGUGCUAGGAUAUGAUGUAAUCCUUUCGUAACAAGAUUAAACAUCAUAUCUUUUUGCUUCCUCAGAUGAUCCAUUACUCAGAAAUCUUCAGAGAGGUAAGUUUCACAUGGAGGCCUAAAUUCACAGAAGGGGUUGGCGCUGGUCUUUCAUGGGGUCUGUGCUGCAGAGUUAAGAACCAUUCAUAGUUUGACUCUGGCCCUGCUGUUUGGGUUUUCCCUAUGUACAACAAAGGCAGAGAGGCUGGGAUUGAAGGUGUAGACAGGAUGGGGAGAGGGCUUCCCCUCCAAAGAAACUGCCCAGAUGUAUAUGACUAAGUUCUCUUCCUGCCUAGAGAUAGUUUGUUUGCUUUAUGUGACCAAAGCACUUCACAGCUGUGUCAGACCAAGAGUCCAUCUCAUCCAAAAUCCUCUUUCCAGCAGGAGCCAAACCGAUGCCACCAGGAAGCCCCUAAGCAGGACAGGAAGGCAGUGGCUCUCUCCAGUUUCUGGCUUCCAUCACCUGAGAAUCGGAGGCAGCCUUGUCAAUAGCCCCCACCUAGCAAAUUUAGCCCACAGGGAGAUCUGUUUUGCUGACCAGACCCAGCACUGUCCGCACCCCCGGCCUUGUUAAGAGACCAAGAGGGGCUUCAUCUUCUGGAAGCUUAAAAAGCAGUUCCAAGAAGACAGAUGCUAAUGGCUGAUUUGGGAGGGAGAAAUCUGUGGUCUGAAAUGGCUCAGCAAGGUCAGGUCAGGGAGGAGGAGUUGGUCUUAGUGGGAAGGGGCCAGAAAGAAACAGCCCACCCUAAGCAUCCUUCUGCUUCCAGAGCAACUUUGGGAAGAGAUGCUUCACUGUGGAGGGACAGUGCUCUCUUUCAUUUUUUUGCCUCAUAUUUUUUUAAAGAAAAAAAUAUUCCAGCCGUGGGGCUUGUGAGUGGGAUGGUAUUAGCUCUAGUUCAAUAGGUAUCCCACCGUAGCCAACUUUUCCCCAAUGUCCUGAUUUAAAUAUACAAAAGCAGGUGUGUUUUCAGGACAAUGAACCAGUUUUACAAUGAAAAGUGCAAAAGACAAUACAUUAUUUAAAGUGCUUUUAGCAUGCACUAGGAAGGCAAAUUUGCAUGUUAGUGGUACAACGCUUCUACGAAAAGUUUUGCAAUUCAAGGGUAUCUGCUAGGUUGCCCAACUUUGUUUUCCUCAAUGAAAUGUUACCCCUGAAGCAGCAUUAGUCUUACCUCCAGCUGAGCUAAAAUUGGCUGAUUAGUCUGCACUGACACUCUUCCCAACUAUAAAUGAGGUUAUUAAGGGGUCAAUAGCUGUCCUCUGCUGAUCUGAACUGGGGUGCCCUCAUUCAACACCCCAUGGGAGCUCCAAAUGGCUAAUUCACCCAGAGAGUGUCAAAGGAGGAUAGUUUCCAUCUACUGGCCACUAUCCCCUUCACUAAUAUAGAAGAGCUGAAUAUUCUUAUUCUUAUUAUUUAUUGAAUUUAUAUACUGCCCUACACCCAAGGGUCUCAGGGCAGUUCACAGAAUAAAAUAAAGAUAUAAAACCACAAAAUACAUAAUAAUAAUAAAAACAACAACCCAAUAGCCCCCCCUCAAAAACAAAAACAUUUUUAAAAGGGCAUAGGACAGGCUUCCUCAACCUCGGCUCUCCAGAUGUUUUCAGACUACAAUUCCCAUCUUCCCUGACCACUGGUCCUGCUAGCUAGGGAUCAUGGGAGUUGUAGGCCAAAAAACAUGGAAGGCCGAGGCUGUGGAAGCCUGGCAUAGGAUAAUGUUUCCUGGGUGAUUUUGCUUCUUGGAAGAUAGAUGGAUUGAAAAGAGGGGAACAAUAUAAAUGCGUUGACUAUAAAAAGAGGAACAAAACUGAUUCAAAAUCCAAAAGGAAUGUAUUUAUUCUGGAAGACUCCUAAUCUUAGAUGUGAGGCAAAGAACUCCCUUUUUUUAGAGGGAAUCUGGUUCCUGGGGUGUUUUUCGGAUCAGGAUGUCUGUCUCUGACUCUCGGCUGAUUCUGCCUCUCUUCUCUUUCCCUCAUCCUCCCCCCACAACAGCAAAUGUCACUCUGGAUCCAGACACAGCCCAUCCCAGGCUCAUCCUGUCCGAGGAUCGGAAAAGCGUGAGAUACGGAGACAAAGAGCAAGACCUGCCCGAUAAUCCAGAGAGAUUCAACAACCGUACUUCUGUGUUGGGACAUGAAGGAUUCACAGCAGGCUGCCAUUUCUGGGAAGUCACUGUGGAAAGUGAGGGAAAGUGGGUCUAUUGGACUGUGGGGGUCACUAGGAAGUCUGCAGAGAGGAAGGGUGACUUUGCCUUAAGUUCUGAGGGAGGGAUCUGGGCUGUGGGGAAGUCGGGAGGUGAGUACAUGGCGUUUGACCCCCCUGAUUACCUUCCUCUGUCCCUCUUUUGGGAGCCCAAGAGGAUCCGAGUGACUCUGGACUAUGAAGGGGAGGAGGUGUCUUUUUCUGACGCUGACUCAGGAACCGAACUCUACACGUUCUCAGGAGCCUUAUUCUCUGGAGAUACCAUCCUUCCUUUCUUUCACCUGUCAGGAGAUAAAACCCACUUCAGGAUCUCCUGAGGAGAUGGAAUCCGCCUCACAGGCCCAGCAAGAGUUUCUCUCUGGACCAGAAUGACUCAUUAAAACAACAACAGUAUUUGCCUCUCAAGGGCACUUGAGGAUUCAUUCCAGUUGAAAUAAGCAGAAAUAACAAAAUAGUCAAUAAAUUGUUGUUGUUGUUUGUUGUGUUUUUCUUUUCCCUUUCCCUUUCCAGAAUUUAUUCUGCAGGUGAGUUCUUAAGGAAACAGUAACACUUGACCAUUCUGAAUAAAUAAACUUUUCCUCAAAAAGGUUCAGCCUCCAUCACCUUCAAUCCUGGUUUCAUUUCUCCACCUUCCUCUCCUCACAACACCUUCCGCAGCUAUUCAAAUGUGCACAUUACUGAAUUAAUAGAUUUCUAGAAAUCAACCCCUUCACCCACGUCAGGCAGGAAAGCUCCUUGCUCUGGAGAACUCAGACAGGAAGAAAACACAAAUAACUUGAAUAGGGCACAAACUUCAAACCCCCCUCUGCAAAUACAGCUUUUCUAUCUUGACACUUACUUGUUUAAUUCAGUGGGGCUUUUGCCCAGUUAAAUGUGUUUAGGGUUGCUGCAUUAACAUUCCUUAUUUAACAAGUCGGGCUCUGUCUGUUGGGGUAGCAAACAUGGCGUCCUCUGGAUG